CGUUUAGCCAGGUAAUUACCUGUUAAGCUGCUGCGAUUGAACGAGGUCAAGAGGAGAAGGAAAAACAGAACGGACGGGACAGUGUGCAGCCAUCCACAACACAAGAGGAGCUAAACUCAAGGAGGACGAGAGGGGCUCGGCUUCUUGUUGUUUUCUUUUCUCACCUUGUAGGAAAGGGAAUAAAGCAUGUCUACGGCAGGAGACAGGAAGGUCUCUACAACUUCUGUCGAAUCAUCCGCAACAGAUUGUAGCAAUGCUUCCCCAUCGGGUUCAGUCUCCGAAACACCCAAGAAAUCAUCAAAGAAGACGAAGAAAACCCCUGAGAGCAUGACCAAAGUCUACAACUCUGUGCUCAACAGUGUUUUUGGGGCGGAGAGAGAAUUAGCUCAGGCUGAGUUGGACGAGUUGCAAGAGGCCUUCAAAGAGUUUGACUACGAUCAAGAUGGAUAUCUGAACUACAAGGAUGUUGCUGAAUGCAUGAGGACCAUGGGAUACAUGCCCACGGAAAUGGAGCUGCUGGAGAUAGUGCAACAGAUCAAGAUGAGAAUGGGCGGGUUGAUGGAUUUUGAGGACUUCGUCGAACUGAUGGGACCCAGAAUGAUGGGAGAGACCGCUCACAUGCUGGGACUCAAAGAGCUGCAGUCGGCCUUUGUACAGUUUGACCUGGAUGGAGACGGAAAGAUCACCCAGGAUGAGAUGAAGGAGGCGAUCAAGUCGAUGCUGGGGGAGAAGCUGAAGAAAGGAGAACUGGAGGAGAUCUUAAAGGAGCUGGACAUUAACGCAGAUGGAAGCAUCGACUUUGAAGAGUUUGUGAUGAUGCUCUCCAUUCGCUAGCUGCUGAAAACACCGACAAGGACAGGAUACUUCUGAAUCAUUCCGUAGAUAGUAAACACAACUACGACCCAAUACUGACAAUUUGGCAAUAUUUGUAAUGCAGGUAUAGACAUUUUCAACACUGGUUCCUAACAUGGGGGUCCCGACCCCCACUAGGCGUCGCCAAAGCUUCAUGGGUGGUCACGAGGCCUUCUUGAUUUUAAAGAGUGAAAGAUAACUUUUUAAAACAAAUGUACAGUUGGCUCUACAUCUCAGCAUUUCUUUCAUUUCUGUAAAGAAAAUUAAAUUAAAUUGUUAUUUUUAAAGUUUGGAUUAUUAUUUAAACUAUAAAUUAAAACAGAUCUCCCAGGAUAAGGCCACGGUGAGGACCUGGACACAAGAUAUAUUCACAGAGCCUUCCCUCUCUGCAAAACAGCCUCUUCCUGCAUUGAAAAAGUACACAGUCAAAACAACCAAAGCGCUAAUAGAACAAUGGCCAGGGAGAAGAAAACACUGAAUUUGUCAAAAAAGAAACCUUCUAAGUAUGAAGGAUUGUUAAAAAAGGAUACACAAUGCAGUGAAUUGUAUUAAAAGUCCCUAAAAAUAACAUGAAAACUCAUCUCUGAUGCAAUAUUCACAAGAAAUAAUCAAAUCAUAUAAUCAAAGUUCAUCCAAAUCGCUCGU